CACCAGCCAUGGGGAGCCCGCCUGAGCCCCUGAACCAAUUGUGCCGGACCUACAUCUAUGCCAUCCACGGCUACUUCUUGGAGAAGAUCCUUGGGGUCUUGGUGGGCGAGGAGAGCCCCUUCCAGCGAGCCGGCAGCCUGGGCUCGUUCCUGGUCUACGGCUGCUGCGGCCUGAGCAUGGAGUACAUCUACCUGGGUCUACGGAACGAGUGUUGCCUUCUGACGCGGUGCAUCCUGUACGUUUCGUGCAUCUACUCCUGGGAGUUCGGCGCGGGCGGCCUCCUGUCCCUCUUCGGGGCCUGCCCCUGGGACUACAGCGAGUACAGCUUCAACCUGCUGGGCCUCGUCGCCUUGGAGUUCUUCCUCUUCUGGUUCGUGGGGGCCCUGCUGCUGGAGAAACUGGUCGUCUGCAACACCCUCCGGCUCCUGCUGGGCGAGGCGUGGAAAGCCAAGAAGAAGCCCAUGCCCAAAUUCGCACUGAAGGAUGACUAA